AUGGAAAAAAUAACCAACAAGGGUCAUGUUUUAGUUCUCCCUUUCCUAGUACAAGGCCACAUAAACCCAAUGGUUCAAUUUUCAAAAAGAUUAGCAUCAAGAGGAGUUAAAGUAACCAUACUAAUCAUAGAGUCUGUUUGCAAGAACAUGCCUAAAGAGUUUGGUUCAAUCAAGAUUGAGUCCAUUCCACAUGAUAACUCUCCACCAGAAAAUAUUGACAAAUAUUUUGCAUGGUUCUUUACUUUGGUAUCUAAAAACUUGGGAGCAAUUGUUAAGAAACUAUCUCAUUCUGAGUAUCCUGUGAAAGUUCUUGUUUAUGAUGCACUCACCACUUGGGCAAUUGACCUUGCACAUCAACUAGGACUCAAAGGGGUUGCAUUUUUCACGCAAUCUUGUUCUCUUAGUUCCAUAUACUAUCAUAUGGAUCCUCAGACAAGUGAAAUUCCCUUAGAUGGCUCUGUUGUAUAUUUGCCUUCACUUCCAUUGCUAGAAAAGGAAGAUUUGCCUUCUUUUAUCUAUGAGAGUGUUUUGUAUCCAGCUAUUACCGAACUUGUCUUCAGACAGAACAUCAAUUUCAAGAAAGCAGAUUCGCUUUUGUUCAACAAAUUUGAUAUGUUGGAGGAGGAGGCAGUUGACUGGAUAAUUAGAAUUAAGUGCUCAAUCAAAACCAUUGGACCAACUAUUCCAUCAAUGUAUCUUGAUAAGAGACUAAAAGAAGACAGAGAAUAUGGUUUGAGUCUCUUCAAGCCUAAUGAUGAAAUUUGUAUGAAUUGGCUAAAUUCAAGGGAAAUUGGGUCUGUUGUUUAUGUAUCAUUUGGAAGUUUAGCCAGUCUUGGAGAACAACAAAUGGAGGAACUAGCUACUGGCUUGAUGACGAGCAAUUGCUACUUCUUGUGGGUUGUUAGAGCUACCGAAGAGAACAAACUCCCCGAAGAAUUCAUGUCUAAGGCAAAAGAGAAAGGACUAGUUGUGAAUUGGUGCCCUCAACUCGAUGUGUUGGCUCAUCGAGCUGUUGGAUGUUUCUUUACUCAUUGUGGAUGGAAUUCAACCCUGGAAGCGUUGAGCUUGGGAGUGCCAAUGGUUGCCAUGCCCCAUUGGUCCGAUCAACCUCCUAACGCGAAAUUUAUUAGUGAUGUAUGGCAAACAGGAAUUCGCGUUAAGGCUGGAGAAAAUGGUAUUGUUUAUAGAGAUGAAAUCGCGCGUUCCAUAAGGGAAGUCAUGGAGGAAGACAAAGGUGUAAUGCUCAAAGAGAAUACAAUUAAAUGGAAAAAAUUGGCUAAGGAAGCAGUAGAUGAAGGAGGAAGUUCUGAUAAGAACAUUGAAGAAUUUCUUUCAAACAUAAUGUAGUGUCUCUUCUUCCAUUUUGAUUUAUAUUUUAUAGUACGAUGAUUACAAAUAAUAAUUUUAUAUGUUAUGUUAUAUUAUAAGUUUGUUAUAACAACAUUUCGUUGUAACAUUCAAACAAUAUCCAUAACAUACUCAGUGUGAUCUCAUAAGUGGAGUCUAAGGACAAAGGGGUGUAGCCGACCGUAUCCCUACCCUUGUGGGUGUAGAAAGUUUGUUUCUGGAA